AAAAUCUUGAACAAAAAGCUGACAAAAAAUGAAAUUUUGCACCGCUCUUUUUCUGAGCAUUGUAGCUUUCGGCGCCGCCGACGUUAGCCAUGUGAUCACAGCAUAUUUGCCACCUCAUCAGGGUGCAGCCACACAUACUUACGCAACCUAUUCCGCGCCCUCUGGCGGAGUAAAGUCAACAAGCUACUCUUCGAAAUCGUACUCGACUCCAUCGAGUUACUCGACUUACUCCAGCAGUUACAAAUCUCCUUCUAGUUCUAGCUACUCUUCAAGUCACAGCGCUAGCUCAGAACAUAAAGGAUUAAGUUCACACGGAUCUGGCAGUUAUCAUGGUAGCACUGGAAGCAGUUAUAGCAGUCCUGCAAAAACUUCUCAUUCCAAUUACAAAUCACCUUCGAGUUCUAGUUACUCUUCUAGUUAUAACAAUUACUCGGGACAAAAGGGAUCAGCCUCUCACGGGUCUUACAAUUCGGGAAAAUAUCAUGAUAGCUCCUCAGGCUAUAGCGGCUCUGGUUUUAGCUCUGCCUCACAUAGUGACAGUCAUUCUGGACAUAAUGGCGCAAAUUCGCGUAAUACAUAUGGAUCUGGCAGCUACCACAGUUCUACCACCUAUAGCACUCCUGCAAAAACUUCCUCCUCCUCCUCCUCCUCCUCCUCAUCCUCCUCUUCCAGUUACAAAAGCCCAUCUAGUUACAGCUAUUCUUCUGAUUAUAAUAAAAAUCAAAAAGGUUCUACAUCAUCGUCGUUGUCUUCGUCGAAGGACAGCGGUAGUUACAAACCUUCAUUUAGUUCCAGUUACUCUUCGAAAUAUGAUAGUCACAAUACACAUAAACCUACCGUCCAUACCUACAGCAGCUACAAGCCCUCAUCCAGCUCCAGCUACUCCUCAGGUUAUAGCAGUAACAACGGACACAAAACGCAAAGUCAUUACAGCAGUCCUGCGAUAACUUCUCAUACGGCGUCUAAUGAGCAUAAAAAAACGACUGUUGGUAGUUACAGCAGUUAUAAGCCGUCGUCCAGCUCUAGCUACUCUUCGAAUUAUAAUAAUCAGCAUACACACUCACCAGCGGUUGCUAGCUACAGCAGCGACAAACCGUCCUCAAGUUACAGUUACUCUUCAAAAUAUGAUAGCCACCACACACAGGCACCCGUUGUUACCAGUUAUAGUACCUAUAAGCCGUUAUCCAGCUCCAGUUAUUAUUCGGAAAAUCAUAAUAGUAACGGACAUGAAACGAAUGCUCAUACCAGCGCCCCGAUAGUAACUUCUCAUACGUUAACUAAUGACCAUCAAACACCUGCUGUUAAUACUUAUAGUAGCUAUACGCCUUCGCUUGGCGCAGACUCCUCUUCAACUUAUGAAAGUCACAAAACUGAAAUAACUCACAAUGCUCCGGUAGAAACUACUCAGACAAUAUCCGAUCACCAACAAGCGCCGGCUGUCAUUGGAUACGCAGUUCAUGAUACAUACAGCGAACCGAAUCUUGAAACUUAUCCUAUUCAAACAUCAGCAUACAGCGUAUCAAACCGACAAGACGCAUCUCCUAAUAAUGAUUACACCGUACACGAAACUUCUGCUACUCAUAGUUCCCCUCUCGCAUACACGGCCUCUUCAAGUUUGGAUUAUUCGUCCGGAUUAAAUAGUUACACUUUACAUGAUGCGGCCGGUACCCACCCCGUGCCCUCAUACUCCCAUUACACGCACUCUGGCGACAACUCUAAUCAUCAUCAUGGCACUUCCUCAGGCAGUACGGUGUACGGUUCCAAUGGUGGUUAUGUUUAUAACAAAAAAUAA